UUGUAACGUCUCGUAAUUUUUCUUAUGUAAAAUGCUGUUAUGCAUUUAAACUUUUAGGUUUAUUUUGGCUUGUCUCAAAACCUGGUGAGCUGUCUAAAUGGGCAGAUAGGAGUAUCUUAUACACGCUUAAACUUGGUUAUCCUGCCCAAAAUAUAUCUUUCUUGGUAGACACAUAACUGUACUAUGACAGUUUUGUUUUUAUUAUUUUGAAGUGUGGAUCAAAGCGACUGUUUGAAAUUGGUCUUGACUCUGCUUAUUUUGUUUGUAGGAAAUUUGGGGAGCUCCUCAGCCAAAGCGUUUAACAAGGGAGGCAAUGCGCAACUACUUGAAGGAGAGAGGAGAUCAGACAGUACUCAUAUUGCAUGCAAAAGUGGCGCAGAAAUCAUAUGGCAAUGAAAAAAGAUUCUUCUGUCCUCCACCAUGUGUGUACCUGAUGGGUUGUGGCUGGAAGAAAAAGAAGGAGCUGAUGGAGAGAGAGGGCUGCUCGGAGCAGGAGUCUCAGCCUUGUGCCUUUAUCGGCAUUGGAAACAGUGAACAAGAAAUGCAGCAGCUCAACUUGGAGGGCAAGAAUUUUUGCACGGCGAAAACAUUAUACAUUUCCGACUCAGACAAACGGAAGCACUUCAUGCUGUCAGUGAAAAUGUUUUACGGGAAUAGCGCAGAUAUCGGCGUCUUCCUCAGCAAACGAAUCAAGGUCAUCUCUAAACCUUCCAAAAAGAAACAGUCGCUGAAGAAUGCAGACCUGUGCAUAGCUUCUGGGACAAAGGUGGCUCUUUUUAACCGCUUGCGGUCCCAGACUGUCAGUACGCGGUACCUUCAUGUGGAAGGGGGAAACUUCCAUGCUAGUUCACAACAGUGGGGAGCCUUCUAUAUUCAUCUCUUGGAUGAUGAUGAGUCAGAGGGUGAAGAGUUUACAGUCAGAGAUGGUUACAUCCAUUACGGUCAGACGGUGAAGCUGGUGUGCUCCGUGACUGGCAUGGCUCUGCCCCGACUGAUCAUUCGUAAAGUAGACAAGCAGACAGCGCUAAUGGACGCCGAUGAUCCUGUGUCCCAACUACAUAAAUGUGCCUUCUACCUUAAAGAUACAGAGAGGAUGUACCUCUGCCUGUCACAAGAGAGGAUAAUUCAGUUCCAGGCUACACCCUGUCCCAAAGAAACGAACAAAGAAAUGAUCAAUGAUGGGGCGUCAUGGACAAUCAUCAGCACAGACAAAGCAGAGUACACUUUCUAUGAGGGGAUGGGCCCUGUACCCUCGCCUGUCACACCCGUGCCUGUUGUUGAGAGUUUACAGCUGAAUGGAGGAGGAGAUGUUGCCAUGCUGGAACUUACAGGACAGAACUUCACGCCUAACCUAAGAGUCUGGUUUGGAGAUGUAGAGGCAGACACCAUGUACAGGUGUGGCGAAAGCGUGCUCUGCGUGGUUCCUGACAUCUCUGCAUUUCGCGAGGGCUGGCGUUGGGUUCGGCAGCCAGUGCAGGUUCCUGUGACUUUGGUCCGUAACGAUGGCAUCAUCUACUCCACAGCUUUGACUUUUACCUACACGCCGGAGCCAGGACCACGUCCUCACUGCAGCGCUGCCGGAGCCAUACUGCGCGCCAACAGCAACUCCUCCACCUCACCAUCUUCUUCCUCCUCAUCCUCCAGCCUACUGCUGCAGACAGCCGUUGACAGCCAGGCAGGAUACGCAGCAACAGGGAGCGUAUCUUCAUCUUCCUCGGCUAUGUCUGUCUCCUAACCUGGGAAUGUCAGCGUGUGUGUGUGUGUGUGUGUGUGUGUGAGUAUGUGAGCCUUUGUGAGAGAUGGUGAUUCUUCCACUCGUAGACUCUCCUGCAUAGAUUCAUGGGAUACGGAUCGCAAAAAUGGAUAAUGGUGCCACAGAGAGAGAAGAAAAGAGGGACAAGACUUCACAAAGACUGGACAGAAAAAAUGAAGAUGUCUCUUUUCUACUCUCCCUCAGUCUCUCUUUGUUUGCGGUUCUUUUUCAGUCUGUUUCCUCACUUCGGGGGAAGUGGCAAAAGAAGUGAUGCGUGCCGUGGAUCAAGAUGCCACAGGAUCAAUGCAUUAGCCUUACGUAAAAACAAUCAAAAAAACAACAACAAAACUUUCUUUUCAAAACAGAGCCUUUUCUAAGUAAGUGCAAGCUGGAAGUGGCUUUGAGUGAUGUUGUUUUCUACUAAAGGGCUAAAUGCACUGUUUCGCCAGGCAUGGAAGAAAAGUUAUCAUAGUAAUAUAGUUUUUACGGACCAAGGAAUAUUAUUAUUAUUAUUAUUAUUAUUAUUUUUAUUGAUAUAUAAUUUUAUAAGCUUUAGCUAAGGUACAUUUUUCACCUUUUUCAGUUUUAUAACAUAUAGUAAACUUUUGUUACCAAAUAGUUUUGUAUAUUUCUUGUGAGCGUUUGGGCUCAGAAGGAAAAGGUUCAUGCAUUUUAAAAGCCUGAACUUAUAGUUGCCUUUACUCGUCUUGGCAAAUGCCUUAAGUCAUCUGGAGUUUCACCAGACCC